CUUUUAAGAUUUAAUAUUAAUUUAAAGAUGAAACGUAGAAACACAUCCAAACCGGAUGAAACAAAAGUAACAACGGGAAAAACAAAUGUCGCAAAUUCCAAAUCAAAACAAAGAAAAGAAAAAAAAGCUCACGGCCUCGCAACCAAGAACCAGUUAUACAGUGGUGUCAGAAACAAGAUAAUUCUCAUUGUUGGACUUUACAUUUUGGCUGGAGCUGGUUUUCUGUAUUGGCAUGGGAUGGGAAAAUCACCCGAGUUACCUCCAGAAGUUGAGGAAGAAAUCCUUGGUUCGCUUCCACAGGACAUGAAGGAUAUGGACCUGCCAAAUGUCGGACCUUUCCGCAAAAAAGCUUCAAAUACUUUGUUGCCCGAUAAUAAGGUGAAACAAACAGAAUCAAGCAAGGGUAAGAAAUCAAACAAAACAGGGAACCACGCACCAGUUGUACCAGAAACAACAUUAGAAGAAACAAAGUUUCCAAAUUUUGAACAAAAAAUUCAAAAUGAGCUGAAAGUUAAAAACAUUGGGGACAAAACAUGGACAGAGGUGAAAAUAAGGAAGAAUGUGAACAACACCAAUGUGAGAAUUUACACCAUGGAUGAUUUUCUUUCAUCACGUGAAUGUGAAGGCCUCAUGAAAGCUCAUGAUAAUCAUAUGAAACAACAUGAUGAUCAAGGUCCCAUCAUUUGCUUUAGUGACGAGACAACUAUGGGAAAAUAUCUCGAACAAAUUAAAGAAAAAUGGACGAAAAGAAUUUCAAGUCAAGAUUGGACACAAGGGACCAGAUGUUUAAACGCUUCAGUGUCGGCGCAACUUAACGGUAAACUACGUUGGAGUCAUAGCACCUCGUUCUACCCCGGGGAAAGCCCCUUCUCCACCACGUUUGAAACGAGGGUGGCUGAACAAACGGGGUUGAACGCAAACAAUGGCGGCAAGUUUCAGAUAACUUGUUACCCAGAAGGUGUUGGUUACAAGCUACACACAGAUUGUACGGAAGGCAACACUGAUAAACGAGAUCGAUUUGCGACGAUCCUUGUUUACCUUAAUGAUGUCAUAGAGGGAGGACAAACACAAUUCACAGAACUCGGAGUCUCGAUUACGCCAAAGAAGGGAAAGGCCCUCGUGUGGACAAACAUGGAUAGCGAAGGUCAUUGUGAUGUCACAUCGUAUCACCAAGCGAGCCCCGUUAUUAAAGGGAGAAAAUGUAUUUUACAACGAUGGUAUUAUUAUGAGAACUUCCCAGCCCUCGGCAAGCGAUACCCUUCCCCCCCUCUCCCCGUGCGUUCACCCACAACCCCCCGGGUCGCAUGUGAUGAAUUUACAUCGGGUAGUUGUCGUUGGUACGAUGAAUGGAACUAUGAUCACCUCAUUGAUUAUGACGCACGCUCGUUGUAACAAGUGUGUUUAUGUAAUUUAGCUUCUUAUACAUAAGUGUUGUGCAAAUUGUAAUGUUGUUAUUUUAUACCCAUUUUUUGGACUUAAACAUUUUUAAAUUAUUUUUAAACUAUUGAGGAAAGUUGGACUUUUUUAAGAUUUUUGUCACAAUUUCUGGAUUUGAAUUGCCAAAGCUCAGUAUAUUUGUAUAUAACUCCACAUUAUGCUUUCUUCUGUGAUUUCACCAUUUUAAAAUUUUCUUUAUUUUAUCCAUAUUUUUCCAACCGUUUUAACCAUGAAGUCUGAACAAACGUUUUUUAAAUAAAUGUUGCAGUUAAUGUUUUUAGAAAUUAUAAAGUUUGUAAUUUAUGAAGAACAACACUGUUCGUUUCCCACUGUUCCAAUCUAUCUUCAAACAUGAUGUUUAUUCAAAUUCUCCCAACUUGUCUUUGUUUGAUCAUAGUGUAAGAUCGAGAUUAUUAUUGUGCAAUAAAUAUGAGCCGGUGAAAUUG